GUUCCUUUUUCAAGUUUCUAUUUUUUCCCGCUUUCGUGCCAUUCGAGAUUGAGCUUGUAUACCGAUUUAAUAUUUUACCAAUGAUCUCAGAUAAAAAAUCCAAUCCACCGAAUCGCAGUCGAUAACUACAAGUUGACUGGAAUGUGACUUCUCCCAUUUGAAUUCAAAAAGAGGGCGAACAAUUUUAAAGAAUCAUUGAGUAGCGAUGGAAGAAGUCGAGCAGGAUAGGGAGGGUACAGGUGGGCAAGGAAGUGGAGAUGGAGGUGGACAAGGUCGCAAGCUCGAAUCCCCUCCUAAAGGUGUUGUUUCCAGAGUUCGCUUCUCUCCUCACUCCAACACUCUCCUCGUCUCUUCAUGGGAUCCUGGCUUCUCUACUCACUCCAACAUCCACCUCGUCUCUUCAUUGGGAUCCACUGUCAACUUAUACAACGUCGAUGAGAAUGCAUUAAGAACCAAAUUCCAUCACCGUGCGCAAGCUUUGGAUUGCUGUUUCAUUGAUGAUUCCUCUGCAUUAAGUGCUGGCUCAGACGGCACUCUCACAAGGUAUAAUUUCAUCACUGGAACAGAAGAAAUUUUGGGCAAGCAUGAUAGUGUGGUCAGCUGUGUUGAAUUUUCACAGUCUACAGGUCACAUAAUGACUGGAAGUUGGGACAAGACAUUAAGGUUGUGGGAUUCUCGUGCAAAUGGGGGAGUAUCAUCUAACAAACACGUGCAACCUGGUGCUGUGGAAUGUAUGUCACUUUUUGGCUACUAUCUGGUCGUGGCCAGUGGCAUGGUGGCAAUAAAUAUAUACGACCUUCGUAAUAUGUCUGGGCCGAUGCAAGAAAAAGAGUCACCUUUGAAAUAUAACACUAACUGUGUUUGUUGCUAUCAGGAUGAAGCGGGAUAUGCAAUUGGAUCUGUAGAAGGUCGUAUUGCAUUGGAGUUCAUUGAUUCCUCUGAAGCAGCUGAGGCAAAUACGUAUGCUUUCCGAUGCCAUCCAAAGUCAAACAGAGCAAGAUAUUAUUAUGUUGCAGUUAAUGCCAUUGAGUUUCAUCCUAUUGAUGGUAGAUUUAUGACUGGAAACAAUGAAGGAUAUUGCAUUUUGUGGGAUCGUAAUAGAAAGAAGAGGUUGUAUGAGUUUGCCCAAUAUCCUGCUAGUAUCACAUCUUUAUCGUACAACCAAGAUGGUCAGCUACUGGCUGUUGCAGCAAGCUACAGUAAUCAAGAAUAUGAUAAAGGGAACGAGACAACCCAAAUAUUUAUAGAGAAUGUUCCUGACACAAAAGAGUUCACUGACUCGUGCAAGUCUUAUGCAAACAAUGAUAUUACAAAUCAAUUUUGUGGGAGUCCUUCAAAGGUGAAGGAUUGACAGAAAUGGGAUUGUUUUAACUAAUUUUAAAAUAGUUCAUUUUUCAUUUUGUUGUAAACGAAAGAACAAGUGUUCUUUAGUCUAGAUAUCUAGCCUUGUUCUUUUGUCUAUGGCAGUUUUUCUCUGGUACAAUUUUGUAUAUAGUUUAUCUUUUUGCUUUUGGUUAGAAAGAGCAUCUUUUUCAUAUCGACGCUUACAUUGUAUUGACUAGAAUUUGAGAUAGUUUGCACACUUCUAUUA